AUGGGGUCUCCAUGUCCAGCUAUGGCUUCGAGUCCUCGGUACUCUUCUGCUUCUUCUUCCUUUGUUCUUCAGCCAUUUAUAUGCAUUUCAAGCUCUUCAAAGAAGCAGUCAUUUACAGUUUCGCACCUUAAAAAGAAAUGUGGGUUGUCCUCGGAAUCUGCUUUAACUGCAGCCAAAUAUGUUCAGUUUGCAACCUCGGAUAGAGCUGACACUGUCAUUGCCUUCUUCAAGAACCACGGUUUCUCAGAACCCCAAAUCACCCGCCUCAUCAAGGGACGGCCGGUAGUGCUUUUAUAUGAUGUCGAGAAAACCCUUUCGCCCAAACUUGAGUUUUUGCGCUCUAAAGCAAUUUUUGGGUCAAGCUUAGAGAAACAAAUUGUCCCUUCUUUUAAUGGUCUUAGUAAUUUACUGAAGUCUGAUGAGAAGAUUAUUCAUGCUGUAAAACGCUAUCCUCGCCAUGUAUGUUAUGAUCUUAAUGCCAUUUUGUUACCCAAUAUCGAUCUUCUGCUGGAUAAUGGAGUGCCUGAAUGUAGUAUUGUUACAACACUUCAUUCACUGCCUUCAACAUUAAUGAGAAGUCCAAUUCAGUUUAAGAACAUGGUAGAGGAAACAAAGGAAAUGGGGUUCAUCCCUUCCAGGCCAAUGUUUAUGGUAGCACUCUGUGCAAUGAGUUCAAUGAGCAAAUCAACAUGGAAGAAGAAGUUUGAAGUUUUUAAGAAGUUUGGUUGGUCUGAGAAAGAGGCUUUGGAAGCUUUUCGGAGGUAUCCCAUGUUUAUUAAGUUGGGAGGAUCAUUCUUAAAAACGCCUUAUGCCUUAGGCCCAUUUAUGAAAAGCACUCAUUUAUUUAUUGAGAAGUUUGUGAACCGCUUUAAAGUAGAAGUGUCUGAGCUCUUAAAGCUAUAUCAAGAGAAGCUCAAUCUUUCCAAAAACUGGAAAAUUGGUUGA